UCAAGGUCGUAAACUGAAAGUGGGACAGCGGACUAGCGUGAUCCUCGGGGAACUGUUAUUUUCUCAAGUAUCUACCUCUCAAAAAGAUGAGUGAAAAGCUGUUUCUGAGAGCCCUGCUGCUGGGUUUGUGGGUCCUCUGUGCUCAAUCAGUGUCCAGCGGCAACCGAAGCUCCAGGGGACAGCCAGGUCAUUCUGGAGUGAAGGCGGGUACGUGUGAGGUGAUGGCUGCCCAUCGCUGCUGCAAUAAGAACAGGAUCGAGGAGAGAUCUCAGACAGUGAAAUGCUCCUGCCUGUCUGGGCAGGUGGCGGGGACCACCCACGCUCAGCCUUCCUGCGUGGAUGCAUCUAUUGUGAGUUUGAAGUGGUGGUGUCAGAUGGAGCCGUGUUUGGAGGGUGAGGAGUGUAAAGUUCUGCCUGACCUCACCGGCUGGUCCUGCACCUCUGGGAGCAAAGUCAAAACUACCAAGAAUUCUGUCUGUGGCCCAGGAUAUCUUUCUGUGGUAAUAAUAUCCAGACACACAUACACGUUGGUCCUCUAUAUUUUAUCAUAAGACUAGUU